AUAGAGGGGACCAUUACAAAAAUAGAUUAUUAUUAUUAAACUGAGUAUUGUUUAGUGCAGGCUACUUAUUUUCGAUCACAUAUUGUGUAGGUGACAUUCGCAGCUUUUGUUUUGCCAACCCUGAGCCGGAAGCCGAAUGUUUAGCUUUCGUGACAUCGUCAGACGAGUUGCGGCUAGCUAGCUCGUGCGAAGACAAUAUUUGCUGUGCGUUAAAUAUUUUGCAGGCAAUAAAGUUGCAUCGGUCGUCAGUCCGUUUACCACGUGCUUUGUGCUCAUCUGCCGUCUAGUAACAGUAACGGUAACAUGAGUGACACCGAGAAAGAGUUCAGGGAGCAGGUGAGUUGCGAUGAGAAGUUGAGAUAACAGUUUGAAACAUCUAGCUAGCUUAAACGUUAGCGUCAGCUGCGUUUUUUUGCAGGUCGGUUAGCGGCCGUACUCUUUGAUAAUAGGCCUCCAAUCUGAGUUAAAUGUGUUCUAUGUAGCGUUUACCUGAGUAACGUUAACUGGAAGAGUACUGAGUGUUAAGCAAAUGUCAACAACAAUAACAGUGACGUCACGAGAUGUAGCUACAAAUUGCGCUUUAUUUGCUGAAUUGUUUCUUAACGUAGCUGAACUAUUCAAAUAUUCAUUACCAGUUAAUAUUAAAUAAUCAUUAAUGUACGACAAUUCAAUAUUUAAUGUCUGUAAUGUUCAGAUUUAUAUCCGUAUGAUGUAGGACCAAUCAAGCUAACAUAGACGUGUGACGUUAUUCAGCGAAUGUUUUUUUAUUUGUGUACCUUUUUGGCUCUUACAGAAACCAACUUGCCUUAUCACCCUUGUUUGUUCUUUGUUAAGGUUGAGGUUGGAAGAAAGAAAAAGGCGGAAGACGUGUCAGAUGACUCACGGCCUGGUUCUAGGAGUGCGUCCCCUCGGGGUUCAGCAAAAUCAACCAGCCGCUCACCAGCAGGCUCAAAAGAUGGCUCCCGCCGCUCCAGGUCGAGAUCCAGAUCCAGAUCCAAAUCCAAAUCUAGGUCCCGUUCCCAUCGAAGCUCACGCAGGCAUCAUUCCCGCUCUCGUUCCCGACGCCAUUCCAGGAGCCGAUCUCGUAGCUGGGAGUAUCGCCGGCAUAGGAGCCAUAGCCGUUCCCCCAUGUCAAAUCGCCGCAGACACAUUGGCAACAGGGCCAACCCAGACCCACACAACUGUCUGGGUGUGUUUGGACUGAGUCUGUACACAACGGAGAGAGAUCUGAGGGAGGUUUUCUCUAAAUACGGCCCUUUGAGUAACGUCAACAUUGUGUAUGACCAGCAGUCACGUCGCUCAAGAGGCUUUGCCUUUGUCUACUUUGAAAACUGUGAGGACUCCAAGGAGGCUAAGGAGCGUGCCAAUGGGAUGGAGCUUGAUGGCCGAAGGAUCCGAGUGGAUUUCUCCAUCACAAAAAGGGCCCAUACACCCACUCCUGGAAUCUACAUGGGACGUCCCACAUAUGGUGGUGGUGGUGGUAGCGGCGGAGGAGAAGGGGGAGGAGGUGGAGGAGGUGGAGGAGGUGGUGGAGGUGGUGGUGGUAGCGGCAGCGGUGGUAGCAGUAGUGGUGGUUCAUCGCGACGUGCCUCUAGAGACUAUGACCGGAGCUACGACAGAGGCUAUGACAGAAGUUAUGAUCGUGACUAUGAUCGCUAUGACGACAGAGAGUACAGAUCAUACAAACGCAGAUCUCCAUCUCCUUACUGUAGCAGGGGGUACCGCUCACGAUCCCGAUCACGGUCCUACUCGCCACGUCACUACUGAACAUUUAGAAAAGAAGGCAACAGAUUCAGUGUUAUUGUUCAGAUGCAUACUUUUUAUGUUUUGUUUUAUUUUGCUUUGUUUUAAAAUAAUAUAUGUGGUUUUGAAGGUCUAAAAAAAAAAAAUUGUCCCAGAGAUGCAGUCUGUCUAAGCACCACAAACUCUGUAAAUUUGUAGGCAAACUUUUUAGAUAGGUAAACAAGCAUCUUUGGAUCUCAUAAAAAAAAAAAAGAAACGGCUUACAUUGUUUUGGGAAUCCUAACAGCUAAAACCUUUUGGUUUGUUUAUGCUCUGCUCAACAAGUUUGGUUUUUAUACAAGAAAGACGUUCUUUGGUAUAUUAUAUUUUCUCAUUUUGCUGUUUGUAUGUAGCCGUCAAGAUCCCAGUUUGCAUGUGUUUAAUGUUUUGAAGACCAUCUUUCUAUUUAUUUUUGUGUUUUUUUCAAAUGGAAAGUAUGUUUUGGGGUUGUUGUACAUACACAAAAAGAUACUUUGGUCUGUUGUUCAGUGACAGUUUGUAGUAUACUGUGAUGGCCACAUUGCACUGUGGUUUUAGAUGCAGGAAUGCUGCAGGUAUUGUUGCAGGUGUUGUACCAUGAAGUCCCAUCAAAACAGUUUGAGUUAUUUGGUGUGUUUUUUUUUCGUAACAGAAAUAAAAAUAUUACUGCUUAGUCUUCA